AUGAGUGAAGAAUUCCAACCUAUUAAUCCCAAACCUUUUUUGAAAAGUUUAAUUGAUAAACCAUUUUUGGUUACGUUGAAAUUUAAUAAAACUCAAUACAGAGGGAUCCUAGUUUCAACAGACAAUUAUUUCAACGUAAGAUUAAAAAAUGCCGAAGAAAUUAUUGAUGGGGAGAGUAAAGGCUUAGUGGGUGACAUUUUUAUAAGAUGUAAUAACGUGCUAUGGAUGGGUGAGGAAGUGUCCGUCUAA